AUGGCAGCCCCGACCGUUCUGCGCGACGACGAACACAUUGAUGUCGAUGAUGAUCAAAUCUUGUCCGACGUGGACUCGGCUAUUGGUAACGAUGCAGAGAGUUACACCACGUCUCUGAAAUCGAGCGUGCUGGCUUUCAAAUACGAAAAUGGUCGACGAUAUCAUGCCGAUCGAACCAGUGCGGGAACAGUGUACUGGGCCCCGAACGAUGAGGCUGAGCUUCAACGUCUGGAUAUGCAUCACCAUAUCAUCCGCCUCAGGCUAGGCAAGACACUACAUCUCGCCCCUCUUGCGGACCCGCAACGCAUCCUUGACAUUGGUACUGGGACUGGUAUCUGGGCGAUUGAAAUGGGGGAUUUGUACCCUUCGGCACAGAUUCUUGGAAACGAUUUGAGCCCGGUGCAGCCCUCGAGUGUUCCGCCGAAUGUCUCCUUCGAGGUCGAUGAUAUCGAGAGCGACUGGGCAUACAACGCUCCUUUCGACUACAUCCACUCACGCUCUAUGGCUGGGUCCCUCAAAGACUGGCCCAGGUUAAUGCGACAAGCAUUUCAGCACACCAAGCCGGGUGGAUGGGUCGAAUUUCAAGACUUUGAGAUGCACUGGUACACGCAGCAAGGCGAAUUCAAGCCCGGAUGCCUCCUAGAUAAAUGGUGUCAAGAAGCCAUCGAAGCCUUCCAGCGAGCCGGCCUGGAGCCUGAGCCUGGUCCCAAACUCAAGCAGUGGGUGGAGGAUGCGGGCUUUGUCAACAUCCAUCAUGAGCUUCUCCCUAUCCCAAUCGGACCAUGGCCCAAGGACAAAGCGCUGAAAGAGAUUGGCACCUUUGACAUUGUACAGUUCUUGGAGAACAUGGAGGGUCUCUCGAUGAGGAUCUUCACAACUCUGGCAAACUAUACGCCGGAAGAGGUACUGGCGCUGUGCGCUAAGUUGCGCGAGGAAUUGAGGAACCCGAGGCUGCAGGCGAUGCAUGAUCUACACGUAGUGUACGCGCAGAAACCACUUUCGGUAGUCUAA